GUUUCGUGUUCUUUUAACACGUGCUACCGGACCUGACGCUUCAGGGAGUCGUCGCUCUUCAAACCAUUUUCAAAAAUGUCUGAAACAUUAAAACUCCGAGGAACUCUUAGAGGCCACAAUGGCUGGGUUACUCAAAUUGCAACUAAUCCGAAAUACCCGGACAUGAUCUUAUCUUCCUCUCGAGACAAAACUCUCAUCGUGUGGAAGCUGACCAGAGACGAAAACAACUACGGUAUACCUCAAAAGCGUUUAUACGGUCAUUCGCACUUCAUUUCUGAUGUUGUGCUGUCUAGUGACGGUAAUUACGCCCUUUCCGGUUCUUGGGACAAGACUUUGCGUUUGUGGGAUCUCGCUGCAGGCAAGACUACCAGACGAUUCGAGGACCAUACUAAGGUGUGACAGAACUCUUAAUUUUGUUAGGGUGUAAAUGCUGAUUAUGCACUGAAGAUAAUCCUAAGUGCCUAUGCGAGGCAGAAGACCAGUGUUUUGUGCCUUUGCGAGGCAGAAGAUUGUGUUUGUGUUGUAAAAGUCUGAGGAUGUACUCUCGGUAGCCUUCUCAGUUGACAACCGUCAGAUAGUGUCUGGUUCUCGCGACAAGACUAUCAAACUCUGGAACACCCUUGCGGAGUGCAAGUAUACCAUCCAAGAUGAUGGACACAGCGAUUGGGUGUCAUGUGUCAGAUUCUCACCCAAUCAUGCCAACCCCAUUAUUGUAUCCUGUGGUUGGGACAGAACUGUCAAGGUCUGGCAUCUCACUAACUGUAAGCUCAAGAUUAACCAUUUGGGUCACUCUGGCUAUCUGAACACUGUUACUGUAUCACCUGAUGGCUCUUUGUGUGCAUCUGGUGGUAAGGAUAUGAAGGCGAUGUUGUGGGAUCUGAACGAUGGCAAACACCUCCACACCUUAGACCACAAUGAUAUCAUCACGGCCUUGUGCUUCUCACCCAACAGAUACUGGCUAUGUGCUGCUUUCGGACCUUCCAUCAAGAUCUGGGAUCUGGAAAGCAAGGAGAUGGUUGAAGAGCUCAGGCCUGAAAUCAUUAACCAAACGCAAACUUCCAAGACAGACCCUCCUCAGUGUCUCUCCCUAGCAUGGUCUACUGAUGGACAAACCUUAUUUGCUGGUUACUCAGAUAAUACUAUAAGAGUGUGGCAGGUUUCCAUCUCAGCUCGAUAAGCUUAAUUGUCAACAUUAAUUUCAUUUAUUUUUGUGUUCUUUACUCAUUCCUUGGAUGAUUGACUCUAAGUGAUUUUUCUACUUGUUCCAAUUCUUGACGGUGUUGAAUUAUGUUAAGGAUGAAAAUAAAUGAAAUUGUGUAAAUUUUCC